UGCAUUCUCGUUCGUAGAACUGAGGAUCGCAGUGCUGAAGUGAGACUAUUUGUCAUCCCUUUUCAUUCUCUUUGAUAAAACAGAGACAACAAUAUAAUUCAACAUUUAUUGAGUAUAUUAUAGGUCAUUGUGUGUGCAUUUUGAUAUGAUUUUAUUUGUUUAUUAGCAUUUGUUUAUAUUCGACGUGCGAUCGAUUAAUACGUUGCAACACGCAAAGAUGGCGCCGUCAGCGUUCGACGAAGAUUAUAGAAGUCUCACUCAACUGUCACCCGCUCUAACUGAAAACAAGAUUAACAGAGCCCUCUCUGAUUGGUUUAAAGAAUCUGUGGUAUUUACACGAUGGGAGUACGUCGGAGGAAUAGGCAAAGGUGAUUCCUAUUUAAGCGAUGUCCGAAAGAUACGAAUUCACGGUGUCAACCGUUAUGGAGUAGACAGAAAUAUACAAGUAAUAUUAAAGACAAUACCACGUAAUAUCUGUAGACGUCUCACUUUUAGAAGUGAUCAGUUCUUUAGAAACGAAAUCUCUUUCUAUACAAAAGUUCUACCUAAUUUAUUAAAAUUCCAAUCAGAAACAAAAGUAAAAGAGCCAUUUGAUAAUAAUGUCAAACUAUUUCUUACGCAUUGCGAUGGUUUGAAUGACGCUAUUUGUUUAGAAGACAUCUCUUGCCAAGAAUACGAGAAUAUAAUCCGUCAGGAAACAAUCGAUUUGAAAUAUUGUAAAGCAACUGUUCAAACAUUAGCAAAAUUCCACGCAAUAUCAUUCGCAAUGAAAGAUCAAGAACCAGAAAUAUUUACGAAAAUAACCAAUGAAAUAUCAGAGACGUAUUACGAUUGUAAAUUAUGGAAUUGGUAUAAAAGAUUCUGGCAUAAAAUAUGUAACAUAGCAAUCGAUGCGGUUGAAAAAGAAUAUCCUAAUACGAUUUAUUUAAAAAAAAUAAAAAAUUUCGCCGUACAAGAUACUUAUUUUAAAAUGAUUAAUGCUGUUAAUAAUAAACAAAACGCUGUCAUAUCCCAUGGUGAUCCUUGGACGAAUAAUUUUCUAUAUAAAAAUAAAAAUAAUAUAAUUAGUACGAAAAUAAUAGAUUUUCAAUUAUCCAGAUCUGCUAGUCCAGUUCUUGAUUUGAGUUAUUUUAUCUACAAUAGUACUAGUCAAGAAUUAAGAGUUAAACAUUUUGAUGAUAUUUUAAAAUAUUAUUACGAAGUUUUAUCUACACAAAUCAAAGAUAUGGGCAGUGAUCCAGACAGAAUAUAUUCCGAAGAUAAAUUUAUGAAUGAUGUAAAGAAAUAUUCAUUCUUCGGUUUAGUUGCCAGUUUUGAAAUGACACCACUGAUAAUGCUGGAACCGGAUGAAGCAUUUGAUUUGGAACUAGAGGGAAAUGAAGAGGUAAACAUUGAUGAAUUGUGGAACAUUGGUACGAUAAAAAAUAAGGAGAACAGAAGAAGAUCAGCUGACAACGUAGUACAUUGUGUUGACAAUGGCUUUAUAUGAUAAAAUCCAAACAUAAAAAUGGGAUUCCACUGUCAAAAUAAAACAUAUCGCUAUCUCUUUUAUACUCUACGAAAAUACUGAGACAACAAUAUUGUUACGAAUGUACUAGCUGUCGCCCGCGACUCUUUCAGCACGGAAUAAAAAAAA